GGAAGUAAAUAAACUGGAUUCCCGCGCAGUCAAAUUACUUUAGCUAACAUCGUCGAUCGUAACAAAUCCUGUUAAAAAUGGACGAGCUUUAUUUGGAAAAUAUAGACGAAUUUGUCAACGACCACAACAAGAUUGUAACUUAUAAAUGGCUGAGUCUCACUCUCGGAGUCCAUGUCAACACAGCAAAACAGAUGCUUUAUCAUUAUUUGGAGAACAAGAGGAAGGAAAGCUCACCUGAGCUGCAUGCUACCUAUCUUGUCUCAGGGAAACUUGUCGACAAAGGUCAAACUUGCCACAAGGUGUCAGUUGUCAGAGAAGACCAGCUGGAAGACUUUAAAUCCAAAAUGAACUUGAUAGUGAGUGUUCACAUCUACAGCGUCCAGAAAGCUUUAUUGAAAGACAGCAGCCCUCUCUACAAUGUUGACUACGAUGCUUUAAAGGACAAUCUAAAAAACUGCAGCAGAUACAGCGCGAUCCAAUGCUCCAAAGCUGUGCCGAUGUCUCCUGUGGAGCUGCAGCAGGCACGGGAAACUGAGCGAGCUCCUGCAUCGGCGCCUGAAUCACAAAAAUUGGGUGUAAGCAGCGGAUCAAGCGUGGCUUCUAAACCAUCGGCGAAGACCCAGAAAGGCAUUGUGGCAAUGUUUGCAAAACAACCUACACCAAAGAAUCAGGAGAGCAGCAAACCUGAACAAAGAGAAGAAUCACCCAUGUUGGAAGUCCCCCCAAACAAACAAGCUUCUAAGACCAACUCAGUGGAAAACUUCUUUGGAAAGAAACCCGACAAACCUCUAAAGGAGGUUCAGUCAUCUGCUGCGGUAGGGCAGAGGGGUCAAAGUUCACCUCCAGUAGAAAAACAAGAACCUGCAGCCGUUGAGCCACAAAAAGACACGAAGACGGAUUCCAGGAGCAAAAGUAAACGAAUCGAAGCAUCUGAUAGUGAGGAAGAGAAAAUGGAAAAAAAAAAGAGGCGACGAAUCAAGAGACCCGAACCAGACAGCAGCGAUGAAGACGUUAUUCCAGAUUCUCCACAGCCGCUGGAAACAAGAGAGCCAAGUCCUCUUAAGAAGGAAGCGACUGUUCAACUUUCACAGGGGAAUUCUGAGACGAAAAUAAGGAAGAGGAGACGCGUCCUGAAGCCUCGCGUGUUUCUGGAUGAAGAGGGAUGCAUGGUGACAGAAAAAGAAUACGUAAGUGAAUCUUAUUCUGAGACCGAGGAUGACGUUCCAGCUCCCAAAAACGCUCCAAGAGACGCUAAAGCCAAACUUCCAUCGAGCAGCAAAGAGGAAGUGAAGAAGAGUCAGAAGAAGUCUUCAUCGAGCUCACAUAAAGGAACCAAGCAGGCUUCCAUCACGGGCUUCUUCCAGAAGAAAUGACACCAGAUCAUGUUGGACAUUUCUGUUUGAUGACUUUUUGACACAACUGACUCCUUAUUUACACACACACACACACACACACAGUUUUUUGCUUUUGUCCAGUCCUCAGCUGUGAAUUAUUGUCUUUUUAAUAAAUAAUAAAUCUGA